AUGUUAUCUGCUCAUUCGUCUAUUUCAUAUUUUCAUAUGGGUUGCGAUGAAGUCUAUUAUCGUCUUGUUCAUCCUCAAUGUGCUAAUCUAAAUUUUCGUGAUGAUGCUGAUCUUUUCAUCAGACAUGUAACUCGUGUUGCUAAGUAUAUUAAAUCAAAACGUCCGGCUAUUAAAUUAUUUAUAUGGCAUGAUAUGCUCUCACAAUUGGUUAAUUCCGGUUAUAAUAACAUUACGGAAUUAAUGGAACUUAUUGUACCUAUGGUAUGGACUUAUGUUGAUGAUGUUAAACUUUGGUUCGAUGAUGGAUUUUGGAUGAGAUUUUCAAUGUUUCGUGAAGUAUGGGUAGCUAGUUCAUUUAAAGGUUCAUCUGGUGAAACAACAACAAUGAGUUAUAUUGCUCAUCAUCAACGUAAUCAACAAACAUGGCUUGAAACAAUGUAUAUUGCAUCAAAUCGACAUAAAGUUAAUUUUGUUGGUAUUGCCAUUACUGGUUGGUCUCGAUAUGAUCAUAUGCUUUCAUUAUGCGAACUUCUACCAUCAUCAAUACCAUCACUUGCAUAUGUAUUACAAACAAUUGUUUAUGGUUAUAUAGAUUAUGAGAAAAAUCUAACCAUUUCAACAUCAUUAUUAGGAUGUGAUCGAAUGCCAUUAUGGGAAAAAGCGAUGCAGAUUACUUUCAUAUCGUGUUCAUUUCCAGGUCAUGAAAUGUAUGAAAUGAUGUAUCAAUAUGAUACAAUACUUCGUCAAUAUGAAGAAGCAAUGUCAUUUGUACGUUUAUUUAUAACAGAUAUUCAUCUUCGUCAAAAUUAUAUUCAUUAUAAACGUAGUCAAGAAUGUUUACAACGAUUAGUUUAUUUAGAAGAUCAAAUGAUUUAUUUUAUUAGUGCAUUUCAACAUGUUUGUUUAAAUUUUUUCACACCCGAUAUCGGUUCAGAAUGGUUACAAACCUAUUUUAUGAGAAAAUUUAAAGAAGUUCAAUAUCGUAUAAAUUUUAUUGAACGUAGAUUGACAACACAAACUUCAUGGCCACAACGUCCAUUGCCCAAUAAUACUGCAUUCAUUGUUGUUAAACGACGAAAUUUCACAACUAUUAAUUUAUCAUAA